AUGGGCGGCGAGCUUGACGACUGGAAGUCGCUCUGCCUUGCUGAGUACCGCAGCACCUGGCGGCCGCCCCCGGUCUGGGAUGGCCUCGGUGCCCAUCGUGUCAAGUCCGUUUGCUCCCGGGAGGCUAUCAUCUACUUCAGCGUGGAUGAGGUCCUCUCGGGAAUAUUCUGCUACACACCGUUAGGCGGGGCUUUUGCGGGUGCUGUUUGUCUGAGGGAUCUAUUGAGGAUGCAUUACGGCUUGGGUGUGGGUCCACCGCGUCCGCCGCCGCCGAUGGGCGGAGCAGGGAGGGCUGCGGACCCGAUGGACCUCGAUUUGUCGGCCUUUGACGUGAAGGCGUUGUACGAGCAGUUGAUCAUGACGAGCUCGCUGCCCACGCUGCUCAAGCGCGAGAACGACCUCCUCUCCGAGAUCCGCCAGCUCGACAGCGCGCACCAGAGCCUCGUGUACAACCACCACCACGAGCUCAUUGCCGCGAGCGACACUGUUGCCGCAAUGACAUCGCGUGCGGAUCACUUAGAUGUGGACCUCGACCUGCUGAGGGCGGCAUUCACAGAGAUACUGUGUUUGUCGACGGAGAACACCGUGCCCGGGUGCUUAAUAGCGUUGCUGACUCUUGUGCUGUAG